AUGGGUUUAUUUGAGCGAGUUCAACGACAAGUAAUUGCAAGAGGUCUCAUACCAAAGGUAAUUUCUCUGCUACCGUUAAUUUCCACAUUAUGUAUUGUUCUCGGAAUAGUAAUAAUCGGUAUCUUGCCCUUCGAAGGACAAUACAGAAACACUUACAUAUCAGAGAAUGCCUUGAUGCCAUCCCAGGCAUACAGUUAUUUUAGAGAGUCCGAAUGGAAUAUUGUUAGAGGAUACAGAUCACAAAUUGUGGAACUUCGCAAUGCGUCAGCCGUGGAAAGAAACGCCAUUAUGUCAGAGUGGUUACAACAAUUCGGCACUAAGACUGAUAUUUAUCAGAAUCAUGAAACAGGUGAUACAUUAUAUGGUGUUUUCCACGCUCCCCGUGGUGAUGGUACAGAAUCUAUGGUUUUGGCAAUUCCUUGGUUUAAUGCAGAUGGAGAGUUUAAUGUCAAUGGUGCCGCCUUGGGUGUAGCUUUAGCAAGAUACUUCUCUCGUUGGCCUGUCUGGUCCAAGAACAUCAUUGUUGUCUUCACAGAGAAUCCCAAAGCUGCCUUAAGGUCAUGGGUAGAGGCUUACCAUACAUCAUUAGAUUUAACAGGUGGGUCUAUUGAAGCUGCCAUUGUUCUUGAUUUUGCUGGAGAAGGUGACCUCUUUGAUUAUAUGGAGAUAUACUAUGAUGGACUAAACGGUGAAUUGCCAAACCUUGAUAUGGUCAAUAUCGGGGUGUUUACUGCAGAACAUGAAGGUAUGAAAGUUUCAUUACAUGGGACCCCAUUUGAUAAAAUUAAAGAAGAUACAUUAUUUUCAAGAUUAAAGAUUCUGAUGUCAAGUAUUAAGAAUUCUGCAUUAUCUGGGGUUAAAAAGACCUACGGUAACGAAGCCUUUAGUGGAUGGAGAAUCCAAUCGGUAACUCUAAGAGCCAGAGGCCAAAAUGGGCCAUUUGAUGUUACAUCCUUUGGCCGUGUUCCAGAAGCUAUGUUUAGGUCCAUUAAUAAUUUAUUGGAAAAAUUCCAUCAAUCAUUUUUUUUCUACUUAAUGUUGGCUCCUAGACAUUUUGUCUCCAUCAGUAGUUAUCUACCGUCCACUGUUGCAAUUUCCAUUGGAUUUGCUCUAGCAUCAUUGAAUUCAUAUUUCAACAACCCAUAUUACACAUUACCAUUUUUUUCGUUAUACACUCUUCUUUCGAUCCUGUUCUGGUUUGUAUCCUUAGUUGUGACUUUUAUAGUUUCCAACAUUUUCAUUUACUCACCAUUCCCCACUAUACUACUAGCUGUUAAUAUUAUUAUCUGCUUGUAUCCAGCCAUAUUGAAAGGCAAUGCUUUUAUGAAAGACCUUCUAUCUUACAGAUUGAGAAGCACUGCAUUUCUUUUUAUGAGCCUUCUUCUAACGUCGUUAUUGAUGGUAAAUUUUCCCUUAGCCUUCGGGAUGGGUCUACUCUCAUUCCCUAUGACUCAAGUUAAGACGAUUACUUCCGAUACUCCCACAAUAUCACGUACAAGAGUUAAGAAUUCUGUAUUAUUAUUGGUUUCAAAUCCAUUUAUUGCUACAUGGCUGUUUAGUCUUCUUUGUGAUAAUGAAUUUUCUGGAUUGGAUGUAUUUGAAAGACUUGUUUCUGCAUCAAGGGAAUUAGGAUGUUGGACUUGGUUAGUCCUUUGUGUUGGGUGGUGGACACCUUGGUUGCUUGUCGCAAUUUCUGCACUGGACACUGUGAAAUUGAGUAAUGAUUCUGAAGAUUUCAAGAAGCAACAAUAA